AGAAACCCUUCAAGAAAUGGUUGUGCUUUUGGAAAUUCACAUGUAGAUGAAGUAGUUUUAAACCUGUGUUGUUUAAUAUGUAUUUGAAAGAAAUCUGAGGAAAUUUAUUUAUAAUGCAAUUACUUGCCCUUUGAUUUUAAAAUGUAUAUAUUUUGCUACUCAAAUGGAGCAUUUAUUAUAUAAUCAACUUUUAAACAGUGAGCAAGGAGGGAAAUCUACUCCCAGUGGAACAUCAUCUCAAAUCCAUUUUUGUUUUCUUCAACUUUUAGGUGAAGGGAAGUGGCUCCGAAACAUCGACUAUUACCAUUUAGAUGGUUCAACUACAGCACAAUCAAGGAAGAAGUGGGCUGAAGAAUUUAAUGAUGAAACUAAUGUGAGAGGGCGAUUGUUUAUCAUUUCCACCAAAGCAGGAUCUCUGGGAAUUAAUCUGGUAGCUGCUAAUCGUGUGAUUAUAUUUGAUGCUUCUUGGAAUCCAUCUUAUGACAUCCAGAGUAUAUUCAGAGUUUAUCGCUUUGGACAAACUAAACCUGUGUAUGUAUAUAGGUUCUUAGCUCAGGGAACCAUGGAAAAUAAGAUUUAUGAUCGUCAAGUAACUAAACAGUCACUGUCUUUUCGAGUUGUUGAUCAACAGCAGGUUGAGCGUCAUUUUACCAUGAAUGAACUUACUGAACUUUAUACCUUUGAGCUAGACUUAUUAGAUGACCCUAAUUCAGAAAAGAAGAAGAAGAGGGAUACUCCCAAGCUGCCAAAGGUAAACCUCUUAGAUUAUUAGCUAAAAAACAACAACAACAACAAAAAAUACAUACAG